AUGCUCCGCCGGGCCGCUGUGCUCCGAGGCCGCGGUGGUGGCGGCGGCGGCGGCCGCGGCCGAGGAAGUUCCCGCUUUGCACUCCACCCCGGUAGCAGCUUCGGGGCCGGGGACAGCUUCCUCUGGACGCUCCGGGGGCUUCGCUGCCGCCGCGCGGCAGUCGGACAGGAUCAUGGGGUUGCCCAAGGGGCCGGAGGGCCAGGGUCUCCCGGAGGUGGAAACAAGAGAAGAUGAAGAACAAAAUGUCAAGUUGACUGAAAUUCUGGAGCUUUUGGUUGCAGCUGGGUAUUUCAGGGCAAGAAUUAAAGGCUUGUCACCUUUUGACAAGGUGGUAGGAGGAAUGACCUGGUGCAUCACCACUUGCAACUUUGACGUGGACGUUGACUUGCUUUUUCAGGAGAACUCUACGAUAGGUCAGAAAAUAGCUCUGUCAGAAAAAAUCGUCUCCGUCCUGCCAAGAAUGAAGUGUCCACACCAGCUGGAGCCGCACCAGAUCCAGGGGAUGGACUUCAUUCACAUAUUUCCUGUCGUUCAGUGGCUGGUGAAGCGGGCUAUCGAAACAAAAGAAGAGAUGGGUGACUACAUCCGCUCCUACUCCAUAUCCCAGUUCCAGAAGACCUACCGCCUCCCCGAGGAUGAUGACUUCAUCAAGAGAAGAGAAAGGGCCAUCAAAACAGUCGUUGACCUCUCGGAUGCUUACCAGCCCCGUCGAAAAUACAAACGCCAGCAGGGAGCAGAGGAGCUGCUGGAUGAAGAAUCACGAAUCCACGCCACGCUUUUGGAAUAUGGCAGGAGAUAUGGAUUUAGCCGCCAGAGCAAAACAGAGAAGGCUGAGGACAAGAAAACAGCGCUACCCACAGGGCUGUCGGUUGCAGAAAAAGAGGACACCCAUGAGGAAGACGAGCUGCAAGCUGCUGAAGAGCAGCGUAUUCAGUCGCUGAUGACCACGAUGACUGCCAUGGCCAAUGAGGAGAGCCGUCUGACCGCCAGCUCCGUGGGCCAGAUCGUGGGUCUUUGCUCAGCCGAGAUCAAGCAGAUUGUGUCUGAGUACGCAGAGAAGCAGUCUGAGCUAUCAGCUGAAGAAAGUCCAGAAAAGUUAGGAACCUCCCAGCUACAUCGUCGGAAAGUCCUUUCCUUGAACAAGCAGAUUCUGCAGAAGACCAAACGUCUGGAAGAGCUGCAGGCAAGUCACGGCAGCCUGCAAGCCAGAUACGAGGAGAAAAAGAAAACGCUGACAGAGCUGAAGAGUUACAGUGAGAAAUUGGACCAAGAGCAAGCAGCCCUCGAGAGGAUAGAAUCCAAAGCUGAUCCGAGCAUCCUACAGAACUUGAGAGCCCUGGUAGCCAUGAAUGAAAAUCUGAAAAGUCAAGAACAGGAGUUUAAAGCACAUUGUCGUGAGGAGAUGUCGCGACUGCAGCAGGAAAUUGAACACUUGAAGGCCGAGAGGGCGCCAGAUGGAGAUGAAAAGACUGUCUCUAAAGGAGAGCCACACGGUACCCUGGCCCCUGUGAUGACUCACAACGAAGACCUAGACAGACGGUAUAAUAUGGAGAAAGAGAAACUUUACAAGAUCCGUUUACUACAGGCUCGAAGAAACCGAGAAAUAGCAAUUUUGCAUCGCAAGAUUGAUGAAGUGCCCAGCCGAGCCGAGCUGAUACAGUAUCAGAAGAGAUUUAUUGAACUCUACCGCCAGAUUUCAGCAGUGCACAAAGAAACCAAGCAAUUCUUCACUUUAUAUAAUACCCUGGACGACAAGAAGGUUUAUUUGGAAAAAGAGAUCAGCCUGCUGAACUCAAUCCAUGAGAACUUCUCACAAGCCAUGGCCUCCCCUGCUGCCCGGGACCAGUUUUUACGGCAGAUGGAGCAGAUCGUAGAAGGAAUUAAGCAAAGUCGGAUGAAGAUGGAAAAGAAGAAGCAAGAGAACAAAAUGAGAAGAGACCAGUUGAACGACCAGUACUUGGAACUGUUAGAAAAACAAAGGCUGUACUUUAAGACCGUGAAAGAGUUCAAGGAGGAGGGCCGCAAGAACGAGGUGCUGCUGUCCCAGGUGAAAACCAAGGCCUCCUGACGGCCCCAGGCGGCGUCCUUGUCAUCGGUGUUUUCUCCUGAGCACCACGCGUCAGCUACAGGUGGUGAGCAGGUUCUGAAGGUCGCAGAGGGAAGAUGCAGGUGACGCUCUGCACGCCCCGGGUACUUUCUUUCUCCUCUUUGCUUCCGUUCACCUCUGUGUCGGUUGUCGUCGGUGGAAUCAGAUGGUGUAGACGCCGCGGCUUGGAUGACACCCCAUCAUCCGAGGAAGAAGUACGGGCAGUAUUUGUUCUCUGUGUCAAUUCAGCUUUUAUUUCUCCGGUAACAUUGCACAUUUGAAGUGCCCUGUAUUUGUAUGGACUCAGAAUAAAGAGGAAUCCACUUGUUCGGUAGAUGUUAAUUGAGCAAACGCUGAGGAGUAAGGCCCUGCACCUCAGGCUCCCAGCACAAGGCCCCGGAGCCUGACCGCUGGGAUAUUUUUUUCUUUAAGUGAACAGAAGCUCUCAGCUGCAUGACCAGCCGACAUGAGUGCUGAUCACUUGGACCUUUCCCUUGCCCACGGUGCCUUUUGUCCCUGGUGCUCAGGCCCAGCCAGCAGGCUUCCUUCCUGGUGCAGCAGCUCCAACGGAAGCACAACGUCUGCCCUCGGCUUCAGCCUCACACCCCACUCACGGGCAUCUCACCAAAAAUUGAACACGGGGCCUCGGCAUGAGGACACUUAAGUCAGAACAACACCUUCCCUCACCCUGUCCACCUGCGAGUCCCAGCCAGCCAGGGGGUGGUCUUGUGCGUCCCCCCCGCCAAGCACAUCACUCCGAGCACAGGUCAGGCCUGGGCCUGGCGGGGACACACACACCAGUCACUGCAGUCCCUGCCAGGGUGUAAGUCCCGGAGGGACGGCCAAGAGCAGGUGCCAGAGGGCGUCCCAGCAGGAAGAGCAGCACGGUGUGCAAAGACCCAGGAAGCUUCUUGAGCAGGCAGGGUCUGGGCCUGAAGGGGGAGCAACUUAAUAGCAGAGAUUGGUGGGAAGGCCGUUUUGGGUGAAGUACAACUGUGAUGAAAACCCAGGAGGGGAAGGUACAACACUUGGUGGGAGAGGGCGGGCGGGCCGGUCUCUGCAGGAGGCUUUAGAGACCAGUCCAGAAAGGUGGGCUGGAUCCGCCUUCGGAGGGCCCGCGGGAACCUGGGCGCAGGGUCAGUGCGCCCCAGCACCAGGCCUGCACUGCAUUCCACACGGACCUGGCAUGCGCACCAGUCAGCGGGCUUGGACCACGAAACAUAAAAGCUUCAACAGGCAGAUAGGGCGCCCUGUGUGGUGCCAGGAACAUCCGGCUCAUCUGAGUUCCCGAAGAAGCCUGCCAUGGGCAGACUUAGAGACACUCGUGCUGGAGUGACCGCAUCCCCGGGUGUCAGUGCUGCCCUGCCAGGCCUGCCUGGUGAGGAGGCUGCUGCCCCACGUGCUCAGGCACUGCUCCUGGGCCAUGCGUGUCCCCUGGCCUGGGCCCUGGGCCCCGAUCUGUGUGGAUUUUGUAAGGGAUCAAUGACGCUGAAGGGAGGGAUUGCCAAAGAGCGCGUGGCGCUCCCAGGGCCCCGGGAGGAGGUGAUGGUUUGACUCUUAAGUUGUUUCAGACUCAGGGAAGCAUCUAGGGGAUCCUGUUGAGAAGCACAUGGACGCCCUCCCUCACAACAGCGUUUGAGCAGGUAGAUUGUUCUCGUGUCUGUCUUCAUGUGGUAGGGAGGAGGGAUGGGUGAUCACGUCCGGGGUUACGGGUCCCCUCCUCUCUGCAUGAUUGGGGAAACGCUGGCACGACUCAUCCAAAGCCACCGAUCAUUCUUUUUAACGUGGAAGUGCUACCUGGGGACCGUAUUUCUAGAGUUGCAUUCGGUUUGGUUUUGGUAUAGGGAGGUCUGGGCAGGUAUCUUCCGUUUCUUGAAUCCCCAAGGCCUAAGGCAGAUAAUGAUUUAGUUUCUGUUUCUUGAAUGCAUUUUGAAUUAAACUGCAGAAGCGGGUCUUGAGAAUCCUGUUUGCCGCAGAUAACCCACAGAGCAGAUGGUGCCUUUGUGAGCGAUGAGGACAUUAAAUGUGCUUUACCGUCAGGCCUUCGAGGCAGAGGAGAGGCCCCGAGGCCACAAUCAUUUCAGAAGCCCUCCAGGGCGGCCCUCCCAGGACUGCCCUUUGUGUACCCACAGAGCAGGGCUGUGUGUCCUGCUAAGCCCCCAGGCUUUUCUGGAGCCAAAAAAUAAGGGGGAAACGUCCCUAAGCUACUUUUGUGGACUGUGUUCUUCAGGAGGAACGAGGUUUCCCCAGGGAGCGUUGUGCCUGCUGGUCAGAGAGCUUGCUGACAGGCCGGUGUCCCGGGAGCUCAGGGUGCUUCUGGGUCCCGGGGCUCCCCUCUGUCCACGUGCGCCUCAGGGAGUACAGAGGGCUGCUCUGGUGUAAACGAACUCAGAGCUGCCGUGAGCAGGCAGGACAGAAGAGAUGAUCACAAGGCGUCUGGGGAGACACCCGGGACGUAGUUUUUGCUGUCCUUGGCCUGGGUUCAGGCUCACGGGUCACGGGGGUCAGGUGGUCACACUAGAGGGAGGCACCGAGCUCUGGGGAGCAGCUGUGAGUCUGCACGUCAGGGGCCUGUCCCCUUUUAUCUCAGUGCACAUCCCGAGGUCGUCAGGCCUGAGCUCUCAUUAGAAGCGAUGGUUCUAACUGGGUGCCGGUUCGUUGCCCACGUUCUGUGGAGACCCAGGUCCUGCCACGUCCACCGGCCCUGGCAGCGGAACCAGAAGGCGGAGGGGCCAGUAGGCAGGAGGCCUUUCCCAGGUGGAGGAACCCCCCCUGACAAACGCUGCAGCUCCCGGGCCUCCUGAAACCGGGAGCCGGGCUCGGGGAAGGCCUCGCACAGCCCUCCUCCGAGACCUCGGGCUGCCCCGUCGAUGGCCCCGAUCACGUCUGCAGUGACCAAAGCAGCCCUGCCUGGAGCACGCUGUGCGCAGUCCGCAGCGGCCUGAAGCCUGUGCCACCCCGGGCUCCAUCGCCUCGGCACGGCCUUGUCUCGCCCUCCCUGCAGGUGAGCGGUGACCAGUGUAAGAGGGAGGUAGGCCUUUCAGCAGGAAGUGUUACCAGUUAACUUUGGCAGAGCCCGAGGUGCAGUCAGCUGGCUUGGAAGACGCUCUGAGGAAGGACACUUCAGGAAGUGCUUUAUGAUUCACUCCUGGCUAGCGGUGGCCUCGAGGGAAAAGCCCAACUCGCAGCAGAGCCGUCCAGCAGAGCGCCCCCGUGGGGUGCGGGGCCUGCCCGCUGUCCAGGUGGCCAGGCCCUGGCUCAUGUGAUGCACCUUCAGAAUCCCAAGGUCCUCUCCUGGUCCUCUCCCCCAGUCACGGCGUUCCUUCCUGCAGCGCAUGGUGACAGGCUGAAGGCGCUGCUAAAGAAUAACGUUGUCACGGUCUCUUGUCACAAUAAAUGUGUAAAAACACUGGGCGGCGGGGUGGAUAUAGUAGCUGGUCCGCGGCCUGUCUGACUAUGUGGGGAAUGCUCUCGGCUCUCCACGGCAGCCUUCCAGCUCACACCUGCUGCUCCUCUGCCUGGACCGCUCUCCCCCCAGGCUCGUGGGCGAGGGCUCUCCCUGACCCCCUGGCCCCGUCCAGACCCGUCAGCGUCAGCCUGCAGCCCGGCCGCACGCCACCCUCUCCCCGUUCUCUGUCUUAACGGCACACAUCACUGUCUGAGUCUCAGUUCUUUGCCACGUCUGUUGGCCGCCCUCCCCUCGGGGGUGUAAGACCAGCAAAAGCAGGGACCUUGCCUGCCUGCGUUGUUCACCUCGGUCUCCUCAGCAUCUCAUGAGGCUGAUAAAAGAGCAUCUCCACACUGCAGCUCUGCAUUCCCGCAUGAGCGAAGUUUGGAUUGAACCUUUCAGCUAAUUUAUUAGCUUAGCUUGAGAACAAUUAGGCAGCUUUGGGGGACCUUAGAGUAUUUGUUACUUCUACCCUUGAUGGUGGGGAUGGGAAAGGUGUCAGAGGAAUGACGUUCUACAGAUGUUCCUUCUCCCCAUGUCGGGUCGGGGGGCGGGUUAGGGAGCACACUGAUGUCAGAGAUUAGAUGGUGAGUAUGUUUUGGCUCAGAGUAUGCCAUGCAGCUGAGGGUAACCUGACUGGUUGAAAUGACUGAGCCACAUGAAACCGAGGAGUGGGAAACAGCGCCUGGAUACAGUGUUGACAGAGAUAUGAACCGUCCAGCCCCCAGGGAGGGCAGUCAGACAGUAUCUGUCAAAACGCAAUGCACAAUGCACUUCUGCACAACCUUCUGAGCCAGCAAUGCUACUGCUAAGGAUUUUUCCUGUAGACAAUUUUAUUGGUAACAGCAAAAAGCUGGAAACUACCACCAACAUAGGACAAUGGUUAAAUAAACGAUGGCAAAUGCAUACAAUGGACUGUUAAGCCUGUCUGUAUGGACUGCCAGGGAAUGGUCGCUAGGAUGCAUGGCUGAGUUGGGGGGAAGAGGCUCUUGUAGACCAGUGUUUGCUUCUAAAAAGAGAAAGGAGGCGGAGAAACGUGUGUCUGUGGCUGCAUGUGUAUACAAGUGCAUGUGCACAUGGCGCCUCUGGCUCCCGGGAAGAGGGCUGGGGAUUACUCUUCACUGUCGACCUUUUGUACCUUUUGACUUUUGUACCAUGUCCAUGUAUUGUGGAUUCAACCAAAUAAAGUUUUUCGAUUUUAA